AUGGCAAUACCAAUUUCAUUUAGGAGCAAUUCUUAUUCGAAGUAUCCAAAUCAAAAUAUUAGUUUGAAAGCUGUUCUCAAUCGAAUUGUUAAAUUAUGCAACUCAAAAUAAAACUUAGAAUUUCGAAAUUGUGUUAAAGACUAGAAACAAUUCAGGAAAGAUUUCAUAAAUAAGUUGAAUGACUAUUACAAUACAUAACAAUAGUAACUUUACGAAAGAAUGAAAUAGAAAUGUAUAAAUAAAAAUGAUGAAGAAUUAAUAGAAUGUUUAUUGGAAUAAACUAUUAAUUAAAAUGAAAUCAAUAACAAAAUGUAAGAAUUCAAAGAUUGGAGAAGAAACAUCAUUAAAACUUUGAUUUGA